CCACUCUCCCCUCUCAAACGACCUUCCACACUUUCCUCACGAGUCUCUCUUACUCUUUACCCCAAAUACUUCUCAGGCUGUAAUUACUUCUCACACUCCGAGAAGAUCACGAUGUCGGACCCGUCUGCGCAUGGAAAACUGGACUUGCGAGUUGGAGGCAAGUACCGUCUAGGGAAAAAAAUAGGCUCAGGCUCCUUUGGCGACAUCUAUCUCGGUAUCAACAUCAUUUCCGGCGAGGAAGUAGCUAUCAAGCUUGAGUCCGUUAAGGCUAAGCAUCCCCAGCUGGAGUACGAGUCCAAGGUCUACAAGACCCUUGCAGGCGGUGUCGGUGUUCCGUUCGUCCGUUGGUUUGGUACCGAAUGCGACUACAAUGCGAUGGUCAUCGAUCUCCUCGGUCCUUCUCUCGAGGACCUCUUCAACUUCUGCAAUCGCAAAUUCACUCUCAAGACUGUCCUGCUUCUUGCCGACCAGUUGAUCUCCCGCAUAGAAUACAUCCACUCUCGCAACUUCAUUCAUCGUGACAUCAAGCCCGAUAACUUCCUUAUGGGCAUUGGCAAGCGUGGAAACCAGGUUAACGUCAUCGAUUUUGGUCUGGCGAAGAAGUUUAGGGACCCCAAGACCCAUCUCCACAUCCCGUACAGGGAGAACAAGAAUUUGACUGGUACCGCUCGCUACACCUCCAUCAACACGCAUCUAGGCGUCGAGCAGGCCCGCCGUGAUGACUUGGAGUCCCUUGCCUACGUCCUCAUGUACUUCCUCCGUGGUUCGCUUCCUUGGCAGGGUCUCAAGGCCGCGACCAAGAAGCAAAAGUACGACCGCAUCAUGGAGAAGAAGAUGACAACCCCCACUGACCUGCUCUGCCGCGGCUUCCCCAACGAGUUCGGCAUCUUUCUGAAUUAUACCCGUGCUCUCCGCUUUGACGACAAGCCCGACUAUUCUUACCUUCGCAAGCUGUUCCGCGACCUCUUCGUCCGCGAGGGCUACCAGUACGACUACGUCUUCGACUGGAGCGUUCAGCGGGGUCAGAUGGAGGAGCAAGGUCAAAGCUCUAGCUCCAAGGUCGCUGGGAGGAGGAAGGUGGUUCAGGAGGAGGACCACCGUGGUACCGACAGGAUGUUGCGUUCCCAUACUCGCCAGCAGCAGCAGCAGGCUGGCAUGGUGCCUGGUGCCGUGGGUCAGCAGCGGAGGGGACGUGAUGGUGACAUGUGGUAAAUGACUCCUGUCCGUGGUAAGGAGUUUGUUUGCUAGCACGUCCGGAGCACGCCGAGCGUUGGGGGGUGGGGGGCAGGUGAAUGGUAGCUCGGUAUGGAUCUGUGUCGUCGCAUUCGGAGUCCGGUAGUCGUGCGGGUAUUUCGUCUCGUCCAGUCAGUGCGGCGGACGUCGAGCAAUUUGGGAGGACAUCGCGAUCGCCACCGUCGUUAAGGUGCCGCAGUUCAAGCGAAGUUCGCUAGCCAGCGAUCUUCCUAUGCGCCGUGCACUCGCCAUCGACGUUAUUACACUGGGGAUUGGGAUCGAAGCUCGAUGAAGAUACUCCACAACUACCGGACGCAUAUGGGCCUUAAUUAUCCUUCAAUACGGACGCUUUUUCUCUUCAGGUCUCAACUUUUCCGCGCUCGCUGCGUGGGGCUGUCCGCGCAACUCUCGUGGACCUUGGGACUGCCUCGUCCUUCUAUCGCGUUUAUUGUUCAAUCCCCCUGCGCCGUAUUGGUCGUCUUGUUGGCGGCUCCUUUUUCUUAGUAGUAAUUUUGCCGCCCAAUCUCUGUACCAUUGUCGUCUCAUUCGUCUACUCUCAUCCCUCGUAUAGCACACAUUCCUUCCACCUCUUUCCUGCUUGUUCAUUCCCAUCCAUAUCCCCCCAGUUAUUGCUCUUGUGUUUUUUGUCCUCCCUUCUUCCACUCUGCAGGCCGACCUGUUGAGGCGCGUUGGAAGGGAGAGGGCGCCGCGAUGUAGUUGGAGGGUUGCCCGGAGGCGAGCUCGAGGGGUAGAAGCACCACACGGACAGGCGGCAACUUGGCUCUAACGACUCGUCCAUGACUUCACGGCCUCAUUUCCUUAUUGUCUACCUGCCCUCCGUCGAUACCUCGCGAUGGACGUAUUCCACCCCCGGCGCCGUACUUUCGUCUGCGAUUGGAAGUCACAUAGUAACGCCAAGUAACCCACUCGUUGAAGAAUUGGACUCGUGUGCAGUAGUAGUCUAUCCUGGUCUCGUAAUGUUAUGGAUGUGUCCC